CAAGUUAUGAAUGAGGAUAGAAUCAUGCUCCGUGGAAGUUACACAGGUAGUUGGUCCUGAGGAGUGAAGUCUGACAACGGUUAUAGAAUGGCUCAAUUUCAAACUCAGAUCAGGAGAGUGAGAUGGUCGGCGUGGUUUCUAGGAGCGUCCAACGCUCUGACCGUUGCCCUGAGCGUUCCUGUCGUGUUGCCGGCGUUGGCUAGUCUCCCGUCUUGCGGGAGAGCCGACGUUGCAGCCGUCGCCCUCAUUGCCUUGAUUUCGUGCGCUAGAAUUCUAGCAAUGGCUCGCAUUGGAUUCCACCAAAAAGCUUCCGCUCUCACCAUUCUCUCUCCCGAUUCCAAUUCCGAUCCCAGUAUUCGCCAAGAACGACGGGUACUUUCUUCUUCGUUUAUAACCAUUUUUAUAUGAGCUCUAGGCACGUGAGUAUUUCUAUGGCUGCUUUUCAUUUCAAACGGAUUCAAUGAGAAACUUAACAGGUCAUUUUUUUCACUUUGACAUUUCAACAUUGUUUCCUGCUUGAUGACUUUAAACUGAAGAGGAGAUACCGGAAUUGGUUGUGGUGGACUCGGUUUGCUACAGUAAUUACGGUGCUGCAAUUUAUUGGGGCCGCUUAUUAUCUGUUUACUCUUACGAAAAUGGUGUAUCAAAAUGCAGUAUCAACUAGUUGUGUUCCAGUUUGUCACAGGAUCUGAUGUUUUGAGAUGGAGAUCUUUCUAUUCCACGGAGGAUUAUGCAUGGAAGGCACACUAUAGGGAGGUGUUUGAUAAUGGCAUCCGUCAAGCUUUGUGCUGUCUGGGACGGUUUAAUUACUUGAGUGCGUUGGAUGAAGAUGAAGUUUACUCAGUUGCAGAGUUUUUGGGUGAUCUUGUUACAUAUCGUGCAUCAGGAAGAGGACAUUUGGAAUUCUUGGCAGGGUUAGCUUUAUUGCAUAGAUAUAGUUCAUCCUCUAAGUUAUGUGAAGAGCCCCUACCAGUGCCCACGGAAAGGAUUCAGGAGGCAGGUCUCUUUCAUCCGUUCGCUGAAGCUGCAUAUACUGGUCUAUUACUUGAUGUUGGAAGAAAUCCAUUAUUUUUCCCCUUGUCAUGGUUGCGCAGACAAGGCAUCUUCUCUCCUUGGGCUCGUAAUAGGAGCUAAGGAGCUACAAUGGUAAUGUCGUUGAUGGAAUUAUCACUACCCUCUGUAAUGCAAUAAUGGUUUACUGAGUUUGAGGAGUAGAGUGAGAGGAUAAACGCGGUUCGAGAGGAGGGAAUUGAUAAGACUGAAUCAAAUUCUCAACAAUAAAAAACAAUCAGGAGCUAAGGAGCUACAAUGCCUGCCAUUACUUGAAGGGGAUAACUGGUGGAGAGGUCACGCGGCGGCUUUCUUGAAAUAUGUCGAGCUGGCAAGUGACGUACUUAGAAAGGGACGUGUUAACCAAGAGAAGUGUAAAGCGGCGUACUUCAUUGUCGUUUUGCAUCACUUAAGAACUGUUGUGAUCGCUGUGCGUGGAACUGAGACCCCUGAAGACCUCAUUACUGAUGGUUUAUGCCGGGAAUGCAGCCUUUAUGAAGGAGAUUUAGAUGGUUUAGUAAAGUAUAUCUCUCUCUAUAUCUAUCUAUAUAUUUCGUGCAUGCAUUCACACUCAAACACUCUGCUUUUUAAAUGGCAACUUCUGUACCAUGUUCGGACAUGAGGUUUCAAUUUCCAUGAAAGGCCAAUUUUGCAUAAAUUAGGUGUCCACGCUCCAGUGUGAAAGUAAGCUCUAAAAAUUACUAUAGAGUUUUCUACCCUUCAAUUUCCGAAUUCUAGGACAGUUCUUGGCAUCGGUUUGAAAUUGUAUGUGAUUCCUCUAAACAUAAUACUCCCUCCGUCCCCGAAAGAAGUUCCCAGUCACUAUUCAUUGGUCAACUUGAAUCACUCCUAAUCCUUUACUUUAUAGAUCAAAUUUUUAUCAAACUUGAAUUUUCUUGAUCAGACUUUGUAGCGGUUUUAAUUUAGUUUUUGAAUAUGUAAAUUUUGUUUACUAAAAAUAAUCCGAGUGUGAACAGGGAUCGAGUUGCUUUAUCGUCAGUCAAGCAUCGUAAACCGAACGGGAACUUCUUUCGGGGACGGAGGUAGUACAUAUGAACGGAACAACAUCAAUGUCGAAGUUAAAGCAAAUCUCACACUGAUGACCAUGCAAAACAGCAUUGGGGAUUACGGGCAAUUGAGAAAAUAAUGGAAGAUCAAUUUUUUGUCAUGAUGGAGAUCAUAUCCCAUUAACCAUGAAGAAAAUAGAAGCUUCAUCACCAGUGCACUAUGCUCACUCUGGUGUAGUCGAGGCUGCACGUGAUCUGUUUAUGCAAGUUGAAGGAAAUUCUAUCGAUGGUGGGUUUCUCUCCUCAUUACUGGGUUCAGGAUGCGAGUGUGAUGGAUAUAGUAUGCGAAUAGUAGGGCAUUCCCUUGGAGGAGCCAUCGCUGCUUUGCUUGGCAUUCGUUUGCACCGACAGUUCCCUAACUUACAUGUUUAUGCAUUUGGUCCUCUCCCCUGUGUGGAUCUAGUGGUAGCAGAUGCAUGUAAAGAUUUUAUAACCAGUGAGACUGACAUAUAACUAUGGAAAUCCUCUCAGCAUUGUAUACAACGAUGAGUUCUCAGCCCGCCUUUCGGUUGGAUCAAUUAUGAGACUUCAAGCUGCUGCACUUCAGGCUCUUUCACAAGAUGGCAUUAUGGAUUUAACCACACUUUCUAAACUCUCACGCCAGUUCUUGCUUCUGAACAUUUGUCAAGAGAAUAUGGAUGACCCAAAUCUUCCACAGUCACAAAAUGCGACUAGGCAGGAGUCAAGUUGGAAAGUUGGAGCAAAACGCUGUAAUCACAGAACUUGCUCAGCUGAGACAUUGAGUAGUUAUACCAAUAUGUUUACUCACUCUACUGAUAUGAACUUACAUGAUGAUCCUAUCACUCAAUUUAUGGAAGCUGUUCCUUGUUCGGGAAGCGAAUCAUCUUUGAAUCUCCCAGAGAUGUUUCUGCCUGGUCUUCUCAUCCAUAUCAUACCACAUAUGGAUGACCUAAAUAUGUCUUUCUUGACCCGCUGGAGAACCUGGGAUACAAGUUGUACAUAUAAAGCCUAUAUUGCAAAGAGAGAAUCCUUCAGAGAUUUCAUAGUAUCUCCAUCUAUUUUUCUUGAUCAUCUACCUUGGAGAUGUCAUAAAGCUUUGAAAGCAUUGUCAAAGGUACAAAGCCUUGAAGUACUUCCUGAUAAACUGCAAAUUGUAUAAUCAACAGGUCUACUAUAUGGUUACUGCUUUUGACAAUUUGCCAGUAAUUGCCACAUUUAAAUUGUCAAUUUAAUAUUAUGUUUUGCAAUGAAGGGCAGCCUGGAAAUUCUCCAACGCCACACCCAGAGGUCACUGAGGCGUUACACCUUGAGUCCUGACUUAUCCUCCUACUGUCCUGCAUGAUGCAAGUUACUCAGUAUGCGGCAUUUGUUAUGUUUAUUACUAGUGUUACUCAUGUGCAGUCAUUAUUAUCCAAACAUAACUUGUGUAGACUACUUACUCAUUGGUUU